AUGAUUAUUUCAAACAUUUUCGAAUUAUUCCAACGAAUUAAUUAUACAACUCUAUUUAAGUUUUCUUUUUAUCUCAAAUACUGUUUAAUUUUAUUAAAUUAUUUGUAACAAUGAAAGUGGAAUGUGUGAUUGUUUUAAUAUGUUUGUCUCUAAAAGUGUGUGCGCUGUCUGAUUUGGACGAACAGCUAUUCGAUGCGGUUAGAGAAGGUAAUAAGGAUGUGGCUGAACUUCUCAUCAAUCGUGGGGCUAAUAUUAAUGCAGAAGAUGUUGAAAAAAACACCCCGCUCCAUUUAGCUGCAGGAAUGGGUAAUAAGGAUGUAGCUGAACUUCUCCUCAGUAGUGGGGCUAAUAUUAAUGCAGAAGAUAAAGAUAAACAAACGCCACUCCAUGUAUCUUCACGAAGGGGUCAGAAUGAAAUGGUUAAUCUUCUGAUAAAUCGUGGGGCUAAUAUUAAUGCAGAAGAUAAAGAUAAACAAACGCCGCUCCAUGUAGCUGCACGAAGCGGUCAGAAGGAAAUGGUUAAUCUUCUCAUCAAUCGUGGGGCUAAUAUUAAUGCAGAAGAUGAAGAUAAAGAAACGCCGCUCCAUGUAGCUGCACGAAGUGGAAACAAGUAUGUGACAGAACUUCUUAUCAAUCGUGGGGCUAAUAUCAAUGCAGAAGAUAAAGAUAGAGAGAUGCCGCUUUCUAUAGCUACAAAAAACGGUCGGAAUGAUGUAGCUGAACUUCUCAUCAGUCAUGGAGCUAAUAUAAACACAGAAAAUAAAUAUAAACAGACGCUGCUCUAUAUAGCUUCAGCAAAUCUUAAUAGGUAUUUGACUGAACUGCUUAUCAGUCAUGGUGCUGAUAUUAAUGCAGGAGAUAAAGAUAAACUAACACCGCUACAUAUAGCUGUGAGAAAAGGUGAUAAGGAUAUGGUUGCACUUCUCAUCAAUCGUACAGCUAAUCUUAAUGCAGAAGAUAAAUAUAAACAAACACCACUACAUGAAGCUUUAAAAUAUGGUCGGAAGGAUUUGGCUGAUCUUCUCAUCAAACAUGGCGCUAAUAUUAAUGCAGAAAAUACACAUAAACAAACGCCCCUACAUAAAGCUUCGGAUAAUUUGGAUAUGGCGGAAUUUCUCAUCAAUCGUGACGCUAAUAUUAAUUCAGAAGAUCGGAAUAAAAAUACACCGUUACAUUACGCCGUCCUCUCUGGUAAUAAGGAUAUGGCUGAACUUCUCAUCAAUCAUGGGGCCAAUAUUAAUGCAGAAGAUAAAGAUAAACGAACGCCGCUAUAUGUAGCUGUCCACUCUGAUGAAAAAGAAAUGGCUGAACUUCUCAUCAAACGUGGGGCCAAUAUUAAUGCAGAAGAUAAACAUAAACAAACACCACUACAUGAAGCUUCAGUCAAAAAUCGGACGGAUUUUGCGGAACUUCUCAUCAGUCAUGGGGCUAAUAUUAGUGCAGAAGAUAAAUAUAAACGAACGCCGCUACAUCUAGCUUCGUUACAUGGUAAGGGGGAUUUGGUUAAACUUUUCAUCAAUCGUGGGGCUAAUAUUAAUAUAGAAGAUGAAGACAAACGAACGCCGCUACAUCUAGCUUCGGGUUGGGGUAAUAAGGAUAUGGUCGAACUUCUCAUCAAUCUUGGGGCUAAUAUUAAUACAGAAGAUAAAUUUAAAAAUACACCGCUAUAUAUAGCCAUCUACAAUGGUCGGAAGGAUAUGGCUGAACUUCUCCGAAAACAUGGAGCUAUUUGAUGAGAAAUUAAAUGAAUGUGGUGAAAAUACCAUAUUGCAGCCAAUUUUAUACUAUUCAAAUUAAAAAAAUACAAAGAAAAUAAAUCAGUAAUACUGUUUUUUACAUUUCCGCAUACACCUUUCACAAGGAAAAAAACAUUCUCAAUUUCAAAGCAAAUUUGAAGUACCUCCCAUACAAAAUUGGUCUUCCAUACAAAAAUCCACAAUUUUUUG